AUGGGUCGUGCAACUUUCAAUUUAAUCAAUCGGAACAGGAACGGGUCCUUUGACCCACAACAUCCGCACGGAAGAUCAGUCAGCUGCUGUCGCUGGGUUGAAGUGUCGUGUCGCUUGGAUCCGCGAUUCCCGGAGCAGAGAGAAACAAGAGCAGGUUUGGUGAUCGUGGAAACUCAAGUGGAUACAAUGGAGAUCGAUGAAGGAUUAUAUUCCCGGCAGCUGUACGUGCUGGGCUACGAUGCCAUGGAGCGAAUGAAGAAAACCAACGUGUUGAUCUCUGGGAUGAGAGGACUUGGGGUGGAGAUCGCCAAGAACAUCAUCCUGGGUGGAGUCAAGUCGGUCACGAUACACGACGAAGGUACCACAGAGUGGAGCGAUCUCUCCUCCCAGUUUUAUUUGUCGGAGAAGGAUAUCGGGAAGAACAGGGCAGAUGCUUCGAAAAGGCAUCUCAUUGGGCUGAACAGUUAUGUUCCAGUCUCCACGUACACCGAGAUACUGACCAAAGAUGUACUUCUUCAGCAUCAGGUGGUGGUGCUGACCAAUUCCUUGCUGGAGGAGCAGCUGGAUGUCGGGACCUUUUGCCACCAGAACGACAUCAAGUUCAUUAUUGCAGAUACAAAAGGACUAUUUGGUCAGCUGUUCUGUGACUUUGGGGAAGACUUUGAGGUGAAGGAUGAGAAUGGCGAGGAACCCAUACGUGCCAAUAUAUCCUGCAUCACCAAGGAGAACCCAGGACAGGUGAUUUGUCCAGACGCGACGUAUCAUGGAUUUCAGACGGGGGAUUUUGUGACCUUCUCGGAGGUUCAGGGCAUGACGGAGCUGAACAACUGCGUUCCCGUGGAAAUCGUGGACACUGGUGAGUCGUUUUUUUCUUUCUCCAUCUGUGAUACGAGUGACUUUAGUGAUUACGAGAAGGGUGGCGUUGCGAGGGAAAUAAAGUUCCCGCGACGUAAAGCCUACAAAAGCCUGGGCGAGGCGUUGCAGACUCCGAGCUAUAAGACCACUGACUUCGGCAAGAUGGACAGACAGGGGACGCUACACAUUGCAUUCCAGGCUCUGCACCGGUUUGUCCAAGACUUCAGCCGCUUUCCCAAACCCUGGGGGAAGACCGAUGCUGAGACCCUCGUGAACAUCGCAAGGAGACUGAGUGAAGAGAAGCCGUCCAUGCUUGGAGAAGACCCUCUGAAUGAAGAUUUGGUGCGAAAACUGGCCUUUGUUGCCACUGGGGACCUCAACCCCAUGAAUGCAUUCAUUGGUGGGGUCGCUGCUCAGGAAGUGUUGAAGGCCUGCACGGGGAAGUUCCUGCCUCUCAAUCAGUGGAUGUAUUUUGAUGCUCUCGAGUGUUUGCCAGAAGAAAGUGAAGUGAAGGGCGAUGUCAACGAAGAGAACUUCCAACCCAAACGUUGUCGAUAUGAUGGGCAGAUUGCGAUCUUUGGAGCGGACUUUCAGGAGAAGCUGAAGGCACAGAAAUAUUUCCUGGUGGGUGUCGGGGCCAUCGGCUGCGAGCUGCUGAGGAAUUUCGCCAUGAUUGGCCUGGGAGCGGGACCAGAGGGGAGCAUCACCAUUACAGACAUGGACACCAUCUCGCUGUCCAAUCUCAACCGGCAGUUCCUCUUCAGAACCAACGACAUCGGGAAAAUGAAGUCGGAGACGGCAGCAGCAGCAGUGAAGAAGAUGAAUCCCUUCAUGAAUGUCAUUGCUCACCAGAACCGGGUGGGAGAAGAAACGGAGAACAUCUACAACCAGGAUUUCUACAAGGAGCUGACAGGGGUGGCAAACGCUUUGGACAAUGUGCCCACACGACAAUACGUGGAUGGCCAGUGUGUGCUGUAUCAGAAACCUCUGCUGGAAUCGGGCACUCUGGGCACAAAGGCAAAUGUCCAGGUCAUCAUACCUCACAUGACCGAAUCCUAUGGAACCGUUCAGGAUCCAACCCAGACAUCGAUACCCAUCUGCACCUUGAAGAAUUUCCCCAACGCCAUUGAGCACACAUUGCAGUGGGCCCGGGAGGAGUUUGAAGGCCUGUUCAAGCAGCCAGCAGAGAACGUCAACAAGUACUUGGAAGGCUCGUCUUUUAUUGAUCAGACAAUGACGCUCCAGGAAGGUCAGAUUUUGGAAAUUCUGGAAGGCCUUUACAAGAGUCUGGUUGUCGAUAAGCCCAAAUCCUGGGCCGACUGUGUGGCCUGGGCCAGAAGACACUGGCAGACGCAGUACAAUAACAACCUCCAGCAGCUUCUACACAACUUCCCAGUCGACCAGGUUACAACAUCAGGAGCUCCGUUUUGGUCAGGUCCCAAGAGAUGUCCUCAUCCUCUGGAGUUUGAUGCCAACAAUUGUCGCCACAUGGACUACAUUGUGGCCGCAGCAAACCUAUACGCGGAAAACUAUUCCAUUAAAGGGUCGAAGGACAAAGGUGCAAUCAAGCAGAUCCUUCAGUCUGUCGACAUUCUUCCAUUCAUCCCAAAGUCGGGGGUCGCAAUCUACACCACUGACCAAGAAAUGGAAGCAGCUGAUGAUUCAGUCGAUAACAAACAUUUGGAAAAACUGAAGAAGCACCUUUCUUCCCGUGAAGCUCUCAGUGGAUGUGAGAUGCACCCCAUUGAGUUUGAGAAGGACGAUGACACUAACUUCCACAUGGAUUUCAUCAUGGCUGCUUCUAACCUGAGGGCAGAGAAUUACAACAUUCCACCGGCAACCCUCCACAAGAGCAGACUGAUUGCUGGAAGGAUCAUCCCUGCGAUCGCCACUGCCACGGCAGCGGUGGCCGGCCUGGUCUGCCUGGAGCUAUACAAGGUGGUGCAAGGUGACAGGCCAAGAUCUGCCUACAGGAAUGGCUUCUUCAACUUGGCCCUGCCCUUGUUUGCCUUCUCGUAUCCUGCUCCUCCUCCCAAGCGCAAGUACCUCGACAAGGAAUGGACUCUGUGGGAUCGUAUUGACGUAAACGGCAUCAAACCUAACGGCGAUGAGAUGACAGUGGCAGAAUUCCUGGAUUAUUUUAAGAUGAAGCAUAGUCUGGAGGUUACCAUGAUUAACUGUGGGACCUUGGUGGUGUAUGCCAGUCACCAAUCUCCGGCAAAGCUAAAGGAGCGAUUAGCACUGAGAAUCUCAGAAAUUGUGGCAAAGAUCCGUAGAAAGGCGAUUGAGGAACAUGUGAAGCUCCUAAGAUUUGAGAUCGACUGCAGUGCUGAAAACAAUGGAGAAGGAGAAGAAGAAAUGUCUGGCUAUCCCCCUGUUUGCUACUGGAUCCGGUGAACCUGUGGCAGAAUGAGACCACUCCAUCCACUCCCCCAUUCACACAGCCUCCUCCCGUCCUCCCAAGUCACCACUAAGCCUUGUGCUGCUAUCUGCAUGCUCAUUGAUUCUCUGCCUUCGCAGGGUUGCAAGCAGGGUUGCAAGAAUUGCCCAGAGACCCGGGUUCAAUCCUGACCUCGGGUGCUAUCUGUGUGCAGAAUUGGCAUUUUCUCCCUGUGACUGCGUGGGUUUCCCCCGGGUGCUCCAGUUUCCUCCCAGAUCCCAAAAACAUAUUAGUGUCUGUAAAAUUGCCCCAUUAGUGUGUUAAUAUUCUUUUCCUUUUUGAAGGCAAGUAUCCUAUUCACUUUAUCCUCUUAAAAAAUAUUAAAUUUUUAAGGAAUCCAA